AAGAUUGUGUUCCUGUCUCCGACGACAAACCAGACCUGCGACACCGUUGAGACAGAGAGAAAAAUGGGUUUCUUCUCUUUUCUCGGAAGAGUUCUAUUCGCUUCGUUAUUCAUCCUAUCCGCUUGGCAAAUGUUCAAUGAGUUUGGAACUGACGGUGGUCCAGCAGCUAGAGAGCUGGCUCCAAAGCUCCAUCUGACCAAAGCACAUCUCUCUUCCAGAUUAGGAGUUGCAUUGCCCGACAUUGAGGUGAAACAAGUGGUAUGGGCAAUUGUUGCUCUGAAAGGACUUGGAGGCUUACUCUUUGUUGUUGGCAACAUCUUUGGUGCCUAUCUUCUGGCUGUCUAUUUGGUGGUCGUUAGUCCCAUCUUAUAUGAUUUCUACAACUACGGACCUCAUGACCGCGAGUUCUCUCUUCUCUUUACUGAAUUCUUGCAGAGCGUUGCGCUUCUUGGGGCAUUGCUAUUUUUUAUUGGAAUGAAGAAUUCGACGACUACGACCUCCACCUCCUCCUCCAACAGGAACCUGAAGAAGAGGACACUAAAGCCUAAAGCUGCUUAGAGUUCUUCUAUUUUCCUCCACACAUGUGUAUCAGGCUUUAGAACAGCUUCUGAUGUCUUCAAGCUCAACCGUCGUUUUUCUUCCUUACAACUUUUGCUUCUUUUUCUACAGUGGGAUUUUAGAGUUAGCCACAUUUUUGUAAUUACUCUUCUAAGUUUUUUAUUUAACUUUGGGAUCGAAGAGUUUUCUUUUGUUGGAUCAUACAAUUCUUUCUGCAUUUUAAUUAAUUUUAAUUCAUCUGUUUAAUUUUAUUUUCGUAACUGUGAAGUAAUUGUUAACCACAAUUAGUGAAUGGUGAGCAGAUAUUGAGA